UAUCACUCCUAUGCGGAAAUGUAGCGGAGCUCGAAGCGGAGUUUGCUUGCCUUGGGUCUAUUCACCUUCGGAUACUGCAACUCCUUCACUUACAAGCUGGAGUUAAGGAUACCUGUUCGGAGUUAAGACACAGGUCCCCUCUCCAGACUACAACUAUACAUUGCAUCUUUUCGGGGUUAAUUUUCGGUGAUAGCGAUCAUGUUAUAUGCGGUUAAUCAAGGAAUUCUAUUCAGUGUCCAAAAGCACAACUUUCAUACAUUUCAACAGAUAUUGGGAAUAAGGAAGAGAUAUAAAGUCCGGCUGGUAUCUGGUUCACAGCUCGUUUUUCCAACUUACCUACUCCCCUUUCCUGACACAUUGAUCACGUAGUAUUCUCCUCAAUCGUCAUGGCACCUCCAGCAUCUCUUCCCACUAAACCUCUCAGCAGGACGGGACGACAAAUACCCGCUCUCGGAUUCGGAUUGAUGGGCCUGAGUGCGGUCUAUGGGCCUGUUGACAAUGACGAAGAACGCUUGGCAGUUCUGGACCGUGCCUGGGAGCUCGGCUACACGAAUUGGGACACAGCCAAUGCCUAUGGUGACAGCGAGGUCCUGAUCGGGAAGUGGUUCAAGCUACAUCCGGAGCGUCGGGCUGACAUAUUUCUCGCAACAAAGUUUGGCCUGAGAGCCGGAGUCAACGAGAAGGGCGAGUGGAAAAUGUGGGCUGAUAAUAGUCCCGAGUUCUUCAAUGAGUGCCUCAAGGGAAGUUUGCAGAAGAUGGGCGUUGAUUACGUUGAUCUUUACUACGCCCAUCGUCUUGACACCAAGGUACCUGUCGAGAAGACGAUGGAGUUGAUGGCCAAAGCUAAGCAAGAUGGCAAAAUCAAAGCCAUCGGCAUCUCCGAAUGCGCCGCCAGCAAUAUCCGCCGAGCCUACGCUGUCGUCCCCGUCGACGCCAUCCAGGUUGAGUACAAUCCAUUCACAUUGGAUAUCGAGAAACAAAAUAUACUCUCCACGUGCCGUGAGCUUGGAAUCACCAUCUUCGCGUACUCACCUCUGGGUCGUGGCUUUUUGACAGGUCAGAUCAAGAGCAGUGAUGACUUUGCGCCUGACGACCUCCGCCGCAUGUUGCCUCGCUUUAGCCCUGAGAACUUUUCGAAGAACCUAGUCCUAGUUGAACGUCUUAAGACACUCGCAGACAAGAAGGGCUGCACGUCGGGUCAGUUGGUGCUCGCAUGGCUGUCGGCGCAGGGCGAGGAUAUUAUCCCAAUUCCUGGGACGAAGAAGAUUAAGUAUAUGGAGGAGAAUGUUGGCUCACUAAAAGUGCAGCUCUCCAAGGAGGAGAUUCAGAACAUCAGGGAUGAGGUCGAGAAGGCUGAGGUUGCGGGUCAUCGAAACCCGCCGGGUUUGUUCAAUGAGUAUUCGGUUACUGUUGAGCUUUGA